CUUAGACCUGCCUAGUGAAUCUACUCUGGUGGAGUUAACAUGGGCACUGAGGCAGAAAAUAACGGCGUCCUUAAAGAGGGUUUUUUGGUGAAAAGGGGCCACGUGGUUCAGAACUGGAAAGUUCGUUGGUUUGUUCUUAAAUCGGACAAACUUAUGUAUUAUAAAUAUGAAGGCGGCAAACGGGAUUCCUGCCAUCGAGGGACGAUACAUUUGAGUAACUGCAAAAUCACCUGUCCUUGCCUGGAGUACGAAAACAGACCGUUGGUGAUGAAGCUGCAGACCAACACUGCAGAUGAGCACUUUCUGGAGGCUUGCAUGAGGGAGGAACGUGACGAAUGGGCAUCAGCGAUUGGUGCAGCAGUACAGAAGCUUAACCCACGUGAUGCACAGACCCCCUCCCCAUCACAAAUUAAAGGAUCUACGUCACUCCAGCUUCACAAUGUCAACCUCAGUCAGGUGGUGGACUCCAUGUAUGAUGUGCACACUGGUAUCCGGCUAAGCAGUCAUGUUGAGCAGGGCAGCUCUUACACCAACUGUUUCUCAGGCUCAGCAGUGGUGGAUUGGCUUGUGUUUAAUAGGCUGGCUUUGACCCGUGUGGAGUCAGUAACAUUAGCCUCUGCGCUGCUGGAUGAAGCCUCCCUACGGCCCAUCGGGAUCAGGAGCGCAGACGCUCUCCGUAACGCUGCUCUAGGAGAACAGUUCCUCGAUGACUCCACUGCACUCUACUGCUUUUCCCAAAGCUUCCAGAAGCGAGGCAGUGUGAAAUCAGAAAAGUCUCGGUCUGCGGUGGAGCUGAGUGGAAAGGUGGUGAAGAGAGGUUACCUGCUCAAACAGGGCCACAAGGUGAAGAACUGGAAAGUAAGAUUGUUUAUUUUGAGGGCGGAGCCUGGUUUCCUGCACUACUAUGACCCCAGCAAGGAUGACAUCACUCCGGUUGGCGGUAUAUCUCUGCGUGGCUGUCUGGUGUCUGCCCUCGAUGAUAACGGCACACCGUCAGGUGUUAAAGGUAAAGUCCAGGGGAACCUCUUUAAAAUCAUCACUCAGAUGGAGACACACUAUUACAUCCAGUCUCCAACACACGAGGAGAGGAUGGACUGGAUCCAAGCUAUUAGAAAAGUGACUUAAUUAUGCUACACAUCGCACUUUCAAACAGUAACA